UAUUUACGUUUGGAGGUCGGGAGGCAAUUCGAGUUUUCUAGAAACACAAACUCUAACGUCAGCUUUGACAAAAAUCGAGCGAAUCUCAUUGAUUUCGUUGGUGUUUUACGUAACAGUACGUAAAGAAGUGCUUUUGAGUGAUUCUUUUUCAACUGCGAUAAAUACAAGUAGAAAAAAUGGCAAGACGUGGAAGAACCGCCCCAACCAGAAGCAACGUACCAGCUAGGAGACCAUCUCCCCCACGUGCUCCUGCACCUGCGCCUCCCGCAGCAGCAGCCCCCUCUCAAGGCCCGGGUCUUUUCGGGCAAAUGGCUGCUACUGCUGGAGGUGUUGCUAUUGGAAGUGCCGUUGGACACACCAUUGGACAUGCUGUUACUGGAAUGUUCAGUGGUGGAUCCAGUGAAGCUGCGGCUCCAGCAGCAGCACAAGCUGCGCCAGUUGCUGGUCAAUCUCAGGCUGGUGAACCAUCUGGACCUUGCGCAUGGGAGAUUAAGCAGUUCUUGCAAUGCGCUUCAACCCAGUCUGAUUUGACAUUGUGCCAGGGAUUCAACGAGGCCAUUCAGCAAUGCAAAAUUAAUAACCGUUUAUAAAAUGGAUCUUGGCUACCAUGUCCGUAGAAGAGUAAAUUAUAGUGAAAUAUGCGCUAUAGAUUGCGACUAUCAAGAAAGCAGCAAUGGAAAAUAGAACAUAAAACUUGCAAUUUCUAUUAUGUUACUGCAACUUAAUAUAUUAAAUAAAUAGUUGUGUUGUAAUCGGUG